CCGAGUUGUCCUCCGAGGAGGGAAUGGGUCGAUUCAACUGCGAAUCCGGCCUGAGUUCUAUCUGCUAGCUGCGACCCGUUAUUAUUAACAUGGAGGAACGCGUUCCCUUGCCAUAUGGACAUCUACUCAAUCUCAAGCCCCGGAGUCGAAACCCCCAACACGCGAAAUGUGAGGCUGAGGACCUGGAAUGUGAACGAAGCAAUGAACCUGCGGCAGUGUACAAGGCUUAUAAGCCUCGUACGGAGGGCAAGGAUCCCAAGUCUAGUCCUGAGACAUCAGCGCGGAAGGUCACUCCUACCAGGCUACCGAUGCCUAAGAAAUCCGCCGACAAGACCAGGGAUGAAUCGGCGGAUGGCUCCCCUGUGCCUGUGGCCGGUCGUAAAGAACCUCGACAGCACACUCUCGGUCGGCGAGCUCAACCCAAGAUGUCUCCUUCGUCAUUGGAGCGUCGACCUGCCAAGUCAACGGAUAAAGAUCGGGAGCAGUACUGGCGAAAGGUUAAGGAGAAAUUCGAAAAGGACUCCCCUAUCUCUCCACGAAACCUAGAAAAGCAAAAGGAGUAUUAUCACGGUGCUUACCAGAAGAUCAUGUCGUUCACGAGUUCCCCAAAACAAGAGGUCAGCAAGCACAUGCCGAAGUCUACUGCAAAGACGAAUGACGAUGAUAAGACACCAAGGCAAAGUACCAUCCCUCGGACUGCCAAUACAAGCCCGAGCUCUCGACACACGCACAAGCCUGAACCAGCUUCUACAAGCAAACCUCUUGGAGCGAAAAAGGGAGAAUCAAAUAAACGCCCACCAAAUGUGACUGGUACUUCUGACACCAUCAAUCGGAAACCUUCAGAAAAGCAAGAGAGCACUACGGACUCGUCCAUCAAUUCACGUCCCUCCAUCUCACCUUUGUCGGGGCCCAGCAGCUCGAUGACUGAUUGGGAGGAUCGGUUUGUGGUGAACAUGCCGUCGGCCAAGGAGCCAAAUCCACCGACCAUGAGCGCGCAACAAAUCUCCAACUUCCAAAAAAGCAUUGACCAAGUUCACAACCAGGGGGAAACAAUGCUUGAUCCCGACACUCUACCAAGUCCACGCACCAGAACCCCAGAAGAUACGUCGCAAGGGGAAAAGCCGGCUAAUCUUGAUGGCCAAGAUUCUGGAGCAGCUGCACCGACAGGGCCAGGUGAACCGACGUCAGAGCCACAGCCUAGCCAUGGUCGAUAUUACUCGCCCGAUGAGAUUGGAAAGCAGCGAUUUAGCACCAUCUGGGAAGAAGGAGCAUCGCGGCACAAAGCCAAGACUACAGUAAACAUCGACGGGUCUUUUUUAGGGUGCAAGGAAAUAAACGGCCCAAACGACAAGAAUCCAGACGAGAUAUUGCUUUUCUCGACGACAGACGAGCGUCCGAGAGUGGUGGACGUGUCAACCCCGGUGUCCAAGAAUUCCAGAGAACGGAAAACAACCGCUCCUCCUCCAGCGAUUUCGGCCUUAGAAGAGAAGACCGUCGUUCAGGCAGAGUGGGAACCAAUUUCUCAGAAUUUGAAGCAUGCCCAAUGCUCGAAGCAGUCCCAACGUACGAUGUGCCGCGAGACAACCUGUCGACCGUCAGAAAACGCCCAGAUGUCUGCCCCGACAGCAUCCGGAAAAGAAAACUCGACCCAGAUAGGGAUUCCGCCCAAGAAUCCAGAACGAGGGAAACGCCAUCAGGGAGACGACGAUGUGUUCAUUAUCACACCCACUAUCACACGCACUAUGAUGACCAUGGCGGACAUGAGAGGCGUCGCCCAGAAGUCUCCUCGGAUGAAAGAGCCGUCGUCUCGCGCAGCAGGCGAAAUCAUCACCGACACCAGGGCAAAGCCUCCCGUCCACUCUACACCGUCGGGCUUACGUCGAGCGACACAAAACUCGUGGGAAAAGUCAAACAUGCCAUCCACAACAUUGUCAAAACCUGGACCCGUUCCAAACGCUCCCGCCGUGAAAGAACAAGCAUAUCCAUGCCAGAUCGCGGCCGAGAAGCCGCACGCUAUCCGUGGGUACAUCCAUACCAAAGGCAUAGCCAAGUCCUCCGAAAACGCCAAUCCUCGCGCGCGCAUUAAACGACAUUCCCAUGCUUAUCAGUUGCCACGCAGUAACGAAAACGCGCCCCCUGUGAGGAGCGCCACAGAUCCAGCUCAAUUUCCCAAGUCCGUUUCGGCUCAAAGGCCUGUACCCCCGCCGAAAUUGAACACCAACGUUCGGCCGGAACGUCGCAUCCCCUUGCCCAGUGCGCGCAUCUUCGAGGUAGCCGAGUUAGACGGACAUCAGGUGGAUGAUCAUUUGAAAGACGAACUCAAAGACCAGGAGGUGGCUCCCAUCACGCCGCCCGCCAAGGAUGACCCCGACGCCAGCAAGAGCAGCAGCAAGUCCGGGCCAGAGCCAGAGAGUGACAGGGACCUCAUGAGUUCCGUCACCUUCGGCCUCAUCAUCGACAUCUUUCUCCUGUCUAUCGCUCAAGCCCAAGGCUUGUACAGGGACAUCAUGGCCAACUGGAAUUCCCGAGCGGUUCUAGUGAAAAUCCCCCUCAACUGCAUCCUCAACAUGAUCGGCCACUGUCUAUACGUUCUCCGAAACUUCCUCACGGCCUGCGCCGUCUACAACUCCACGGGAGCUUGGCCUAAAUCCAACGAUAAAGACGUUGCCCGCUCGCUAACCGAACUCGGUCAGGCCGUCAUAUAUCUCGUCGCCUUGGGUUUCAUCAUGAUGGUCGUCGGUCGAGCGGCCGGCUAUAUCGUGCUCAUCGGAAGCUGGAUUGUCUGGGUGACGAAACCUUUUGGGUGGAUUUUGGGAACAUUGGGAAGAGCCCUCUUGAUGUGAUCUGGGCUGGCGCGAUGUGAUUAAUAAAUAGAUAGAUACCCUUGGGCGAUUAUGCUUCUUGUUUCAUUCCUUUCUUCUUGGUUGAAAUCCCUGGCCUGUGCACUGCUUACCUAGCAUUGGGCUCAACUUGGUUGUUUUCGUCGGCAUAUGAAGAAGGGGGUGAACUGUGUCCUGUCGAUUUCAUUCGUUCUUGGGUUGGCUCUUCGAGGUUUAUCUUUAUGGUCCUUCUUCCUCUUAUGCUUUUCUAGCGAGGUGUAACUCUGAAUUGCUC